AUGUGUUUGUUUGGCAUCGUCGAUGCGGUUGGGGACUUUUUGAAGAGUGUUGUGGCGUGUGCCUGUUGUCUCCUCAUCGGUAGCCCUGCGCUCAUCAUUACAGGCAGCAUACUUUUCAGUCAACGGGACCUUCGAAAAGCUUUCAGCGAUGCCGUGAAGGAAUUUAACCCUAAACCCAUGAACGAUUGGACUGGGACCAUUAACGAUGUGCCGAUUACUCUGAGACGCGAGUCGCUAAAUGUCAAAAGUGUGGAUGGGGCCACUUCUGUCUUUGCGGAGGCUGUUGUUUCCGUUUCUGAAGCGCCGCCAACGGAGCUCCCAGUUUUCGUGAAUGUUAGCGCCGUGUUUCCUUUUCUGCGAAAGGCCCCCUUCAUUAGUGUCAAAAAAUUGUUUUACAGAUGUUUUUCGACUGAAUGCAAGUACGGCAAGGAUGAAAAAUGUAAGCGUGAAUGUAGAAACUUUGAGGCUAAAUGUAUUGGUAUGGGCGGCGUAUUUGUUUUUACACCGACUCCGUGCAAUGUGGGUGAAGUUUGCGGAGAGUGUCGGCUGAUUUUCUACCUCAGGCAAUUGUACCUUGUUGUUCGUGAGAUCGGCAACGAAAAAUACGUCGAGGACACCAAGCUCCGAAGUGCCAGGUACGCUUUUGGCGAUCUUGACAACGAUUACCAGCCUGGAAUACCGAGCACCGUUAAAGUGCGCCUGUACAGCAGCAAGGACCCUUACAUUGCCCUGCAGCGCUUAACAAAGGGAACCAAUGAUUUAGGUUUGAAUCCGCGCACCGUUGGUAUUGUGCUGAUUGUUCUUGGGUGCCUAUUCUUGAUGCUGGAAAUUGGUGUCUGCACAGCGCUAAUUUGCUACUGGACGCGACCAAAUAAGAAGUCUUUGGGAACUCCACUAUAUUUGGCCCCUGCAUCUCAAGGAAUCUUGACUUCAGGUGGUCCUGGUGAUACCGCACCGAAUCCUUACGCACAUCUGGCGGAGCAAACGAGACAGGGAUACGCAUAUGGUCAACCGCUGCCGCCAGGAUACGACUACGAUCAAGAGGCACCUCCAGCGGAGCAACAGGAUCGUGAGUAUGGAGUUUCGUUGUAUACUCAGGACACCCGUGGAUCCUUUUCCCCGCCGAAUGCGGAUAAUAAGUAG